AAGUAAAGUCCAUUGUUUCCACUUGGAAGCUAGUAUGUGACCAGGAAAUUGUUGGAGAUAUCAUCACAUCUAUACAGAUGGCAGGUGUUUUAAUUGGUGCUGUAAUUACUGGACAACUGGCUGACUUGUUUGGCCGACGACAUAUUCUGUUUAUAGAACAUGCCAUCCUAGUUAUCAUGUGGUUUUGUAGUGCCUUUGCUUCAAGUUGGAUGGUUUAUGCUGGUCUUAGGUUUAUAAUUGGUGCUUUAAUUGGAGGGGUACUUGUUGUAAAUUUUGUACUGCCACUUGAACUUGUGACACCUGAAUGGAGAACAUUUUGUGGUUGUAUAGGCCUGUGGGCUGUUGGGCUUAUGGCACUAGCAGGCUGGGGAUAUUUUAUACAAGACUGGCAAUAUCUGGUCAUAUGUACAUCAACAGCUAGUAUGUUUAUACUAUUAUCAUGGUGGUUUGUACCAGAAAGUCCAAGAUGGCUUCUCAGUAGAGGAAGGGUGAAGAAAGCUGAGAGAAUUUUGACAAAUAUGGCAAAAUACAACAAUAAACCAGUGCCUGAUUUUAGUAAACUAAGACAGUAUUCUGAGAAUGAGAUGCAGAUGAAGCAGCAUCAGAUAAAAUACAGUUACUGGCAUCUUUGUAGCUCAUGGAAACUGGCAAAAAACUCUCUUAUACUUUUAUAUGGGUGGUUUGUGUCAAGUGCUGUUUACUAUGGUAUGAAUUUCAACACAAAGAACUUAACAGGGAACCUGUAUUUAAAUAUAUUUUUUUCUGGUCUGGUGGAAAUUCCAGCUUUAUUUUUUGUUGUUCUAGUCCAUAACAAAUUUGGGCGUCGUCUGACAGUCUCUUUAUUGAUGAAUGUAGCUGGUGUGUUCUCAUUUGCCAUUCUCAUCUUAGAUUUAGCAGGUGGUUUAGAUGAAUAUCCUAAAUUGACCAUAGUUUUUGCCAUGAUUGGUAAGGCAGGAAUAUCUGGAGGCUGGGCGGCACUUCAAGUUUUCUCAGCAGAAAUUUUCCCCACAGUUGUAAGAAACAUAGGUGUAGGAGCAUGUUCAUUUUGUGCUAGAAUUGGUGCCAUUGUAGCUCCACAAAUUGUUUAUUUGGGUGCCAAGAAUGCAGCUCCCCUACCAUUUACAGUAUUUGGAAUUGUAGCAGUUAUAGCUGGUGGCUUGGUUUGGUUGCUACCAGAAACACGAGGUGUACCAUUACCUGAUGAACUUACUAUUACUGUACCACACCCUAGUGAAAUCAGUGAACCUGACGGUGAAUUGACAGAAAAUAAUGCUGAAACAAUACCACUUAAAACAAUAGAUGCUGAAGAUCAAAACACAGAUAAUAAAACAGAGGUUGCUUAAUUAACAGAGGUAGCUUAUUGAUAGAGGUUGCUGAACAACAAAAUUGUAGCUCAUGUGGUACUGUAUAAUAAUAUGAUCAAGGUUACUUUGUCAGUGUGAAUAAAGUAUGAAAAUACAUUGACCGCACAUUGUGGUUGUAAGUAGUCUGUCCUGUAUGAAUUUGUUUUGACUUCUGUAGUUAUAUAUAGUACCCAUGUAAUGUUUGAAAUGUUGCUGUUUGAAUUUGUUUUUAUGAGUGAUAUUUGUUUAUUGUAUUUGUUUCAUUUUUAGCUCAAAUUCUUCUAAGAAAAAAUUUGAGCUAUUGCUAUAGUCAUGUUAUCUUUGAUGCUGUUGUCUUCCAAAAACUUUUAAUGUCGGCCUUAUCUUUUAUUACUAAAUGUAUUGCCCUUCAUCUUGUUUUAUUUUUUUAUGCAUCAGGCUAUGUAUUUUUGAUGGAUUUUUUUCAUACUAAGGCAGAACAAUUUUUAGGACAAAACCUUCAAGAUAAUAAAACUUGACCUUGACUAAUGAAUGACUAUGACCUUAAAGGUUUGCUAUGAACUAUGUCAUUAACAAAUAGAUUGUCUUCAUACUUGAUCCACAACAACUUCUAAGUCUUUCAAUACUGAACUAGACCUUGUCUCAGAAAUGACCUUGACUAAGCUUAAAGUUACUUUGACAAGGUCAAGUUAUUGGAUUUAGCAUAGAUCUUGUUAACUUUCUUGACUUAGAAAUAGACCAAAUGAUACAAAACCGGAAUGUUGAAUUAUUCAAGUUUGACCUUAAAAUGACCUUGAUAAUUUAAUUGAGAUAACUUUGUCAUUUAUUUACAGAAUAUAUUUAUUCUUGGACAAAUUGACACCAUUGUUAAAAUCAACAUGUUGAAUAAUUCAGAUAUAAGCUUGACCUUAAGUUUCACCUUGCCUUCAAAGU